GUGCGCUUGGUUUCUAGAUACUGCUAUCUAACAUUCGGUGAAACCAGGCAAGAUUCUGGGAAACAAUUUUGUCCAGAACACUUUCGUAUUUCGUGCUCUAAAGCGCCUGGUGGACUAACAAGCUAACUGGGCUUAAGCUGUUCUUGGGAGAAAGCCAUUAAGCAAGUCGAUUUCAUUUUGUUUGUUUAAUUGUGCUGCACUCAAAUUACCACCUGAGAAAAAUUCUCUUGUUGGGCAGACCAUAUAUGUGACACAAUCCGCUAUCUAUCAUGUAACUCUGUUCUCUGUUGUCAUUAGUGCAUUAGAAGAGGACUUGACAAUCAGCAUAGAAGGAAAUACCCAUCAAGAGAAAAUUACCUACCAUUUUAUACAAGAAGACGACGUGAAAAAAGGAUGUUUACUUGUUUGUUGAGCCUUUGGGUAAUGGUGGUGACUGUUGAGGGUCAGUCCGCGUGGGAAACGGCGAGAACUCAUCGUCAAUCACCGCAAGGAUUCAGUCUAAUGGGAGGGCACCAGAAAGAACCUGGAACCAACCGCCACGUGGCUUCCCACACAGCCGGACACUCUACGCCACCACCUUCCAACGGAAAAAUUAGCUUCCAACAUUCGAACGCUAAGUCUCAUGGUGCCCCACCGGAAACAGGAACUGUUAAUCGACAAGCGCCACCAAACAAUGCUGCACAGUCUCAGAAAACCAUGACCGCGAAAAACGCUCAACCGACCCAGGGUUCGAAUCCCCCCUACCACACCAAGCACGAUGCGGGAUGGGCAGCAGUUCAUAAAGGAGAGGUUCAGCAACACCAUCCGCAAAACACGAUAGUCAACAAGAAUCUGAAGCGGGUCAUUCCAAGUGACAAGAACAGUGUCAUGAUCGUGGAUCAUAUUUGGAAAAUGUUCCAGAUCAACUCGGCGGCGAACCCGACUCAAACAGCCCCUGUAUCCAAUACCAACCAAGGGCAUAAGAAGGCAUCAGGUUUUCGUGUGAAACUUCGAGACGCUUUUAUGCCAGCGAACAAGGUAGAGAAGAUAUCUUCUAAUGAUCACAAGCACCCACCGAUGUCGACUAACCACCACAAUGCACUCAACAACCUUCACCGACACAACAACAUUCACAACAACAACAACCACCACGGCAACCACAUGAACAACCACACUAACAUUCACAUGAAUCACCACAACAACAACCAAUUCAAUAACAAUCAAUUUAACAACCAAGUAUACAACAAGAGUCCAUACAGUAACAUGAACAACAACCAACAAUACAACAACAACCUGAAUCACAACAACCAGAACAACAACCAGAACAACAACAACAACAACAACAAAUCAACGGGAGGAAAUUACCAGGGUAAUGUAAUCAACCCCAUUAAGAGAGUCAUGAAACGAGUCCUGUCUCCUUACGACAAGAUACAUUCGGGGCUGGAAACCAUCAAAACGGAAGUAGGUGCUCAACAAGGAAUGCUUGGACAACUGCAGAAAUCUAUGGACAAAAUGAAGGAAAUCUUUCUCGCAAUUCAAACUGAUAUGAAAAAUGUGCUGAAUUCGAUAAACUCAAUAAUGAACAUGCAGUGAUCAUUUUUUAAAAGUAUUUUCAGGUUAGAUUCCUUACACUAUAUUUUGUUACAUGUUACUUAAUUGUUCGAUUAAAGAUAAACAUCUAAAUUAUCUUUUUCAAGAAUGUUCUUUAUGCCAAAUACAGUACGUGCUUUGGCAAUUGUCGUUUUAUUUUGGAAAUUUUGCCUUUCGCAGUGUUUGUCUUUGUCAAUUAAUAAAAUAAAAAU